AUGGACCAGGAGGAGGCUCCCCCACCCCCAUACUCCGCUGUCGAUCCACUCAUUACACCAGCCCGGAAUGGCAACCCAGCACCGGCUCCCCCUCGGGGAGGGGUAUCGGAAUCGCAGGAUGCCAGCAGCUCGCGAAUACCUCCACAGCCGGCAGUAGUCCCGACACAUUUCAGAUCCGCCUCUACAUACUUUGAGGAACGACCACCGUCGAGCCUCGAUGACCCUCGGGAUAUUUUACAACAUCAUAUCACCAUCUACCCACGAAGCCAAGCGAAGGAUUUUCCGCGAAGGCCGCGCUGCUGGGCGUCACGACUUGAUGAAGUCACUCAGCAGGACUGGGAUACUUUUCUUCGAUAUCUGUUCCCGCCUGAAUUAGGUCUUGCCGCUUCAUCGCAGCAUCUUCCACGCCAGUUGCGUGCGGAGAUUCGGCGGGACCGCAAGGACCGCCCACAGGAGACUGACGAACAGCGGAAAGCUCGGAUUGCUGCUGUUGUUGCUGAAUGGAAUGAGUGCUUCUUUGGAUAUCGCUCUACCCAGAUUGUUCCUGUCUAUGUAGGCGAACCGGAUAAUGCACCUUCGUCCGGUCUAUGCCAUAGAUGUUACCCUGCUGCAACAGGGUCUAUAGACAGUCAACCCCCGCGGAAUCAAAACGCUCCGUCGCCUGUCUCUGGCCAACAAAAUCCCUCCCCGACACAUUGGCAGCCUGCUCCUUAUCACUCUCCUCCCGUGCAUGCCCCCCACUCUCCAUAUGGAGUACCGUAUGGUGCUCCCACAUACCCUUCCCCCAUGUCACCUAAUCAUCAACCACCUCAAUAUUAUCCCGUCCCAUAUCAUCCACCACCACAGAGCGUCGCUCCAUGGCAAUGGAACAAUUGGAACUACGCACAGCAACAGCAGCAGAAUUCUAACAAUGGCAUGUCCAAGGGCGGAUCCCUUGGCUGGAUAUCACAACUCGCAUCACAAGCUCAGAAAUACGGAGAGCGUUUCAGUGAACAAGCUCAACAAUACGGAGAUCAGAUCAGCGCGCAGGCACAACAUUAUGGGCGUCAAGUUGAGGAACAGGCCCUAGCCCAUGGCCGGUGGCUGGAAGAACAAGCAAGACUUCACGGACGAAAAGCGCCAAUGACGGCUCCAAGUGGAUAUUACGGCCGACCCGCCUGGGAUAAUCCCCCUCAGCAUGCGGUCAACGUUCCAAUGAGUCCUGUGCAGCAUCCCAGCCCAAGCCCCGCGACGAGUGUCAAUACCAGCGCAAGUCGCCCAGGUCCAACGAAAGAAGCUAUUGACAAAUCUAAACCGUCUACUGAGCGCUCCAGGCGAGGGUCUGUUGAUUCUGUCUCGUCCGAAUCAUCCUUCAGUUCAAUUGAUUCCAUUUCCACGUCCUCAAAUUUGAGUGUUUCCGACCUGGCCACAGUUCGCACUCAACUAGAGCUUCUGGAUGACCGGCACGACCGAACGUUAUACGAUGCAGCCGUGGCGCUUCGUCAACAGCUCACAGCUCUCCAAACAUCCCGCCGAGAAGACAAAAUAUCAGGCCGGAAGGAUUGGAGAAAGCAGGGCCAAGAAUCCAACAGCGACUGGGGCCGUUGGGAAUCACCUGAACAGCAAGAGCGAACCUCUGUCGAUAGACGCGCCAUGAAGGAUGAAAUGCGUGCUACCAAAAAGGUAUUCAAAGACGUGCUUCGCCGGGCCAGAGAAGAACAGCGCGAACGACGUCGACUCCACCGCCGACAAGUUCGACAAGCAAGGGCUAGCGAGGGCGACCAGCCAAAAAACGACCAGCCUUUGGAACAGCAGCUCGGUAUUUUGCGGUUGGAUGGCACACCUGUGGUCCCCCGCCCAGCAACUACCCCAGCCCAGCCAACCCAGGUUGCAGCUUCAAAUGCAUCCAUUGCCAGUUUUGAAUCUGAGUCCAAUCCGCCGUCUAUGUUAAGGGCUAGUACGCAGGAUUUUGCAACUGGUACGAAUAAGAAGACGAAGCCUACUGAUACUUCCAGUCGGAUAAAGGAUCUGCUCAAGUCACGCAAGGCGAAAAAGAAGCAGAAGAAUGAGGAAGCUGAUGGAGAAUCCAAGUGA